ACUAGACCACCAUGUGCAUGAUGGCCGCCUAGACAAAACGUAUGUUGCCGAUAGCACAGGGGAGACGAUUGAAUCGCGGUCUCCGCAGACCCGUAAUUAUUUGCGCGCGUGAUCCCAAAAUGCUAGCUUCCGCUUGCCGCGUCUGUUGAUCGAAGGUUCCACACUCGACGACUGCGAUGGCGGACUUCGUUAUGUUACUAGCGCUGGCUGGCGCGAUGUUCGUUGGCAGCUACAUGAGUGGUAUGGUUCCGUUGUCGGUUCCUCUGACAGAGGCUCGACUACACUUGGUCUCUGUGUUCGGCGCCGGGCUACUAGUGGGCACGGCGCUUAGUGUCAUCAUCCCCGAAGGCAUCAGCACGUUAUACCUAACGGAGAUCAGGGAGCUGGUGCAUGAUGUACAGCCCGGUGCGCACAGUGGUCAAAAGCCCGGUGAUGCCACCCUGACCGCCGCCAGCGGAGUGAGCCACGGCCACGUGCACGACGACCUCCACGGCAAGCUCGAAGCGAUGGACCCACGGAACCUAGUGGGCAUCACUUUGGUGCUGGGCUUCCUCUUCAUGCUGCUUGUCGACCAGCUCAUCUCCCAGCACAGGCACCACAAGGCUCUAGCAAUGGCUGUUAGCGACCCUGAAAGCACGAACUCCGUUCACACGCAGGGACGCAGCUUCACAGCCACCCUGGGUUUAGUGGUCCAUGCUGCCGCUGAUGGCGUGGCGCUUGGAGCUGCAGCAACAACAUCUAACCUCGACACUGAGGCAGUCGUCUUCCUGGCCAUAAUGCUUCAUAAGGCACCGGCAGCGUUCGCCUUGGUAUCCUUCCUCAUGCAUGAGGCCGUGGAGCGUCCCACAAUCCGCAAGCACUUGCUCAUUUUCUCGCUGGCAGCACCGUUACUAGCCAUCAUAACCUUCCUCGCCAUAAACAGAGGUGCCCCCCAGUCCAUCGCGUCUCAGAACGCAACGGGAGUGGCGCUGCUCUUCAGCGCCGGCACGUUCCUCUACGUCGCCACCGUGCACGUGCUUCCCGAACUGGUGGUGCGCCAUAGCACGCACCAGGCGGACAACAGAGGGCGCAUGAACACUCCACCGAACGAGGGCUUCACCAGGACCGACGUGCUGGCCAUCGUCGUCGGCACACUUUUGCCCAUGAUCCUCACGGUCGGACACCACGGUCACUAGUCGUCACAAGCUAGUCGUCUCGCCGUCAAAGUGCGACUCGUGCUCAACAAAGUGACUUCAACUGCUGGUCUGUGAAAGUGGCAGAGGAAAAAGAAAAAACUGCUUCCAACCAAGCAACCGAUCUCUGCAAUUUUUUGAUCCGCGGUUGUUGCUGACAAACAACUUUUGAAGGCUGGCGGGAAUUUUUUAAAACUAUUUUUUAUGGACGCCAAGGACAUCUCGUUACUCGCUAAUUGUUCGAUUUGUGCGCACUUUUCACGAGUGCGGAACACUGGCAAGACGUUGAACAUGUGAAAGAAAGCGCACGGAUUUCCACGUCGAUGCCAAUUCGCCGAGGGAUGACGGGUUUCUGCAGCGACAUCGUCGUUCAAUCUUCGCAAUAUGCCGCUUGUAAUUAGACACUUGUGAAUUUGUGCAAGAACGUGUUUCCCAGUUCUUGUCCUUUUCCGGAGUGCUUGGAUGCCAGUCAUGGCUGUACAUUCCGUUCAAGCGAUACGUGGCCAUGGGGCCAACCAUCGUACUUUCCACGUUAUUUCUUGUCUAUGUUCUCGUGAUGAUGCCUGUGUUUUAUUUCCCCUUCCUUGUACUGACUCACAUUGGAAUGUGCAUAAAAUGGCAAGCCAUUGUGACAGUAAAACACGCUUAUUUGUUGAUAAUUUUUUGCAGCGUUUAAAAAAAAAGAGAUGGUUGCUCAUCGUAACAAAGUAUUCGUUAUUUGGCAUCACUCCAUCCAGUGUUUUUUUACUUGACACGGUGUAUGUGUGAAUCACCCCACGGCAGCUAAGUUUUGUUUCAUUACUGCUUAAGCCGUUUGGUGUAGGACGACUUUUUCUUCCCACAACAUUGUUUACUAGGAUGUGCCCUCAUGUUUAAAAGACAGAUAUUUUACGAUGCAAAGAAGCAAUAUAGAUAUGAAGCUUCCUUUGUUUAAAACCAGAAAUAAAUGUACAAAUCGUGAAGUAUUCCUUUUGUUGUAUUACUGCCUUACCUGCACAGGUGUCCUGUACUGCCACUAUGCCCAAAUCUCUAUAGACAAACCGAAUUUUGAUGUAGGAUGUUGCAAAGAAACUUGAUUACUCAUGUGAAAAGGAAUUGUUUCUGACAAACGGUUUUCUUUUCCGUAGUCUUCUUUCGUUGUGGUUAGUACGACGCAACCAAUUUGAUUAAAACAAUUUUCGUUUCGGU